CAAAACAGUAAAAUGUUUUAUAAUAUAGUAAAAUUAUUAAAAAAAUAAAGUCAACAUAGAAAAAAUAAUAUCUACAUGAUCCCAGACGACGACUUACCUGAAUGCUGCGGUUCCGGUUGUACCAACUGUGUUCUAGAUCGCACGACAAGAUUCCGAAAACCGUCAACUGCCCGACCGAGUGUUCUGGACGGCGGCUAUAAACGAUUCCAAUGCACAAACAUAUCACAAUGCUCAUACAACACCUUCCUGUUUCGGUUUCGUUACCUUUUCGCAUCAUCAGAAACCGUUCCUCCAGAUAUCGAGCUCUCCAUACCUCCGGGCAGUCAUUUGAUGCUGCGAGCACCGAAAGGUUGGCGCGAAACUAGCCGCCCUCUCAAUGCCAUUUUUGCAACAUGGCGAAAUAAGACGGCGGCUUCCAUGAAUGAGUUGGAAUCACGUGUUCAUAAUGGCGGCGUUCGGCAGACCGUUGCAAAGUACGACCAAAGUGAGCGGGAUUUGUAUAUCAGCCGAUCGUACACGCCUGUCCUGGUGGACGAAGAUGCAUGCGAGUUUGAUGUGCUGAUAAAAAUGGAAGUAUCGGGUGAGAUGUCCGAAUAUCUUCAGACUGUGCAAGUGGAUGAUGUGUUAGAAUGGAAGGGAACUUACACCGGAUUCGUUUGGGAGCGGAACGCGCGAAAGAGUUUGAUCUGUUUUGCCCAAGGCGUUGGGUUAGCUCCGAUCUAUUCAAUACUGACGGCCAUUUUGAAUGAUGAAGAGGAUGAAACACGUCUGAAUUUGAUUUACUGCUGUCGAGAUAUUGAUGGAAUCCUUUUGAGAGACAAACUAACCAAAAUGUCUGCAUUUUGGAACUUUGAUUCAACUAUUUAUCUAUCCCGCGAAACAUGUACCUGUGGAGGAAAAACUACAAGAAAUUGUUCGUGUUUGUCAUCGAAAGUAAAAUACGGUGAGAAGAUCUUGAAUCACAGACUGGAGAAAAUUGACAUAGAAAAUUUAUUGCACAAAUAUGGUCAGCAUAACUCGCUCCAGGUCCUAAUCUGCGGAACGGAAUCGUUCUCAAAGCUUAUAGAAAAUUGUUUAACACUGUUGAAUGUAAGAGAUCUUUAUAAAUUUUGA